AUGAAUAACAGAGAUGAUACAAAUGAUAGAGAUGAUGAUGAGGUUAACUUCGAUGAGGAACCUAAGGAUGCUCGAGAAGGAUCUAUGGAUAAUUCAGAUGAUACAGAUAAUACGGAUGAUGAAGUGGUUGGGGAUGAUAAGAAAACCGAGGGUGCUGAAGAAGAAUUUAUGGAUGAUGAAGAAGCUACUGAAUAUGAACAACAAAUUCCUUCCAUGGAUUUCCAAACAUUAGAAGAUGCAGAGAAAUUUUACGAUUCCUAUGCUAAAGCGAAAGGAUUUAGCGUUCGACGUAGAGAUCUUCGGAGGAGUCGUCAAGGAGUAGCAAUUGGGAGGACAAUGGUAUGUUCGAGAGAGGGGACUAGAGAGAAGAUGCAUAAAGAUAAAGAAGGUCGGACUCGACAACAUCGUAAGAUGACAAGACAUUCUUGCAAGGCAUCGUAUUGA